ACUUUUGGUGAGAAGAAUCCAGGGUGCAGUGACCGGAUCGAACCGGACUCCGGAACCCCGAAAAGUGAGAAGAGUCAAGCUAGUUCACCGUUUUUCCCUAGUUCGCGUCGUGUAUCUCGGUUUUCGCCGUUUUCUCGAGUGUUGGAAUCACACUUCCAAUGGCGAUGAUGAAGUAGAGAUGUCAAGAUACGAUAGGUCUCCACGUUCGCGGUCAAGUCAGAGCCGCUUGCGAAUGGAUUCCUACUCGAGCAGCAGCAACGGCCGCUCCGGACUGCGCGGCAAAUCUCCGAAGCGGAAUGAACUGAACAACGUCAUGCGGAAGGCACGCCAGGACAACUCGAAGCCCAGUAUUUACUGGAACAAGAAAUUGUUGGAGGCUGAAGAGAAGGACCCAAACAGAUGGCGACACAGUGGCUACAAGGAGCUGUACGCCGACGGCUCGCCCAGCAACCGGCGCUCCCGGUCGCGGUCCCGCUCGCGCUCCCACGUGCGGCCGCGCUCCAAGUCGCGCUCGCGGUCCAACAAGUCGCGCUCCAUCAGCCCCCGCGGCGGCCUUGGCGGCCUUCGACGCGCACCCCUGGGCCGCGAUCGCAUUCGGUCCCCGCCACUGCCGGCGCGGCCCUCGCCCCCGCCCAGGCAGCGCUCCAGGGACAGGGAGCGCGAGCGCGAGAGGGAGCGGGAGAGGGACAGGGAGCGUGACAGGCUCCGCGAGAGGGAGAGAGAGCGGGAGCGUGCCCGCGAACCUAUCAGGAAGGACCAGGGCCGCCGGUCCCGGCCACGACGGCCGCAGACGCCAGAGCCGCCCCCGCCGAAGCCGUCUGCGUCUCGUCGCCCGGAGCCCAUGGACGUCCGGCGGAAGGGCCGCGCCUCGCCGCUACGGGCGCCGUCCGCGUCCGGUAGCUCGCGGUCCGUCAGCAGCUGCUCCGACUCGGUGUGCUCCGUGUGCCUGCCCAAGAGCAAGGGCGCCAAGAAGGCCACCACGCCGCCACCGCAAGGUCGCCGCCACACGCCGCCGACUCGGCGCACGCCGCCUCCACGACGGCUGCCCGCGGCCAGCCCGCCCACCAUCCCGCGGCGCCCCGUGGUGAGCCCGCCGCCCAGCGACCCCCGCGGGCCGCCGCCGUCGCCACCCCCGGCCGCGAGGCGCGCCGCCAAGGCCAAACGCAGGGCGGAGAGGGAGAAGGCGAAGCUCAAGGGGAUGAGCAAACGCCGGCGUGCCGCUGCCGGCCUCGCCAUGGUGAAGCUGGAGGGCGUGCCGCGCCACCACUCGCCGCCGAUGCCGGGCUCGGACUCGGACUCGUGCUCCACGUCCUCGCGGUCCUCGAUGGGGGCGCCCCGGCUCACGCUGUCGGAGCGCUUCGGCAAGAUGGCGCAGUGGAGCGAGAACCGGCGCGACCUGGACGGCGUGCGCAACAUGCGCAUCACCAGGGAGUCGGAGGGCACGGACUUCAAGGUGGUGAUCGACGAGGACGACGACGGCGCGCCCUACCGCCCCCUCAGCCCCAUGCCCGUGUCGGACCGGCGCGUCGGCCUGGGCUUCUUCCCCGAGGCGCUGCACGCUGCCCCCGUGGGCCUGGAGGCCUGGGACGACGUGCGCGUGCGCUUCCAGUACUACAAGGACCGCGGCUACCUGCGCGACCUCACGCUGGACGACUACAUGAAGUGGGAGGAGUGGUGGUACAAGUACCAGGAGUGGCUGGAGGCUGAGCGCUACUACGAGCAGUGGCACGCCAUGCGCGGCCACCUCCGCGGUGGUAGACGUGGCAAAAGACAUCGAAUAUAGGGACACGCCGCUUCCCGCCAUAGUAAGUCCAGCAAGUCGGCUUCGGCGUCCGCGUCGACCGACUUGGCCCCGGAGGCCGUCGUCGUGAAGGACGCCGCCGCCUCCGAGGCCACCACCCUGUAAAGGGUGGCGCUGGCAGGGCGGGGAGCAGGGCGGCCUGGCCCGAGUAGCACGAGGUGCUAGGACCGCGAGCGAGCAGUGGCGGCCCCAGUGUCCCCCUGUCUUGGACUCUGGCUCGACUUUCGCCAACUCGGCGAGGUCUAGGGCACCGGUUCGUAGAGGUUAGCUACUCCCUAAGGGCAGUGUCCGUCCUUCCGUUGUCAUAAGUACCUCAAAUUUUAUCCCUUUUGGAUUUUUUUUUUGUUUUGUUUCAUUUUGUUGUCUUGUGGAUUACCUCCAUAUACCUGGCUGAUGGCUGAGUACGUUAAUGAUAGUUUUUGUAUGAUCUUCCUUAUGUCAGGCACUAAUGGGUGCCAGUAUGUUUGUUGAGUUGCGAUCGGCAAGUCACCCUUGGGUCACUAGGGGAAAUGUUUGAACUUGAGAGAUCUUAAGUGAAUUGAAUUAUUUUUGCAGGCAUAGACUAAACCGUGUUGCUACUUGUGCUUGUUAUUUGACUGGGAUUCAAUUCUCUCGUUUCAGACUUAUUUCAGUGGAACAAGGUUCUUUAUACAAACCUUAUUUUUCUUAUAUGUGCAGUGGUAGAAAUAUGUUGACGGAGUUGAUGUUUGUAUAUCAAUUUAAAUGAGUCUCGGUCGAGGGUUGUGAAAACACCUUCAUUGCAGAAUCUUUCUGACUAUCUCACCAUGUUACAUAAUGUGAGCUAUUCUCAGUAUUUUUUAAGUCAUGUUUGUUUCAUAGAUGUAUUCUGAAGUUACAUUUAACGAAUUGUGAUGCUCUGCAUGCAAAAUUCAGUCCAAUUAACUUGCUUGUUAUCUUUGGGUGUCAAAUUAACAUUGUUUAGUAGAACUAUAGUUGUGGUAAUACAGAUGAUUCAGAUUUCUAUGAUUUCAUGUGCAUGUUGCUAAUUAAUAUGAGCGUAUGCUUGCUUGUCUGUGUAGUUCUGUUAUGAAAUAUUGUAUCCAAAGUUGUUUAAGCUGUGUCCCUAAUUUACCCACUACCUCAGAAUUUGACUCUCUUUAUCAAAGUUUCUUUCAAUAUCUAUGUUUCACCUUUCUUUUUACCCCUGAAGUUCAUUGAUCUUGAAGACAUGCUUUAUCAUGGCAGUAAAUGUUUUGUCAGUGAUUUUUACCCAUGUGUUUCUUGACAACUACGUUUUAACACACAUUUCCUUCUUCAUUCUUUUAGUCAUUGACUGAUUUUUAGUGUACUGUUUUUAAAUAUCAUUUUAACGAUUCUAUUCACUAGGUGUAUUUUAAACAAUAAGAAAAUAGUUUCUGUUGUUUUUUUUUCUUGGUGUUCAUCACUAGCUGUUCGUUUUCGUUCAAAGUGGUAGAAUUUCGUUUUGACAACAGUUUUGCUUUGGGCAUUGAUAUUGAUACCAACAGGUCCUUGGUUUGCCAUAUCAAGCAGCCUUCUAGGUAAUGUAGAAGUGUAGCCCAUCUUAAGACAACUUAAUUCAAUACAACGUCUUCUUUAUCUUAAAUAAUUUAUUUUAAUUAACCGAGCUUUACGUGCUCAUUUUGUUAAAGUUCGCGGGUAUGAAGUCAGCUGAGGAAAGCUGAGCUGGUAUUUGAUUUUGUGACUUGUGAUAGCUUUGUCUACUCUUUUUCGUAUUCCUCUUUGUUCUACUGUCCUCUUGAUACAAUUCUUAUUUGUUGUGCUGAUGACUAUGCUUGUAGAAUGAACAGCCGAGUUUGGCCUUCCAAAUGACAUAGGCAAAAACAUUAUACGGCAAUCUAUUAUCAAUUAAUUUUCUUUGUGUUAUGUGACCAGUCAUGUACAGAUGUCUAAUGUUUUUGAUGUUAUCCUGUUACAAUGUUAAUGCAUUUAUUUGGGAUAGAAUAUAUGCAUUAGUUUAGGUAAAUUGCAGGGUAUGUCAAUUAAUUAAAUUUGCAACUUCUUUGUUUCAUUCUUAGCUUCAUCCUGCUUUUCACUGAAGCUUGUGUUAACCAGUCUAAGAGCAGUAGAACAUAGGAUUUCCCAUUAUGGCAGUGAACGUGACUGACAUAGACUGAUUGGGCAGCAAGCGCCAAGGCGCAAAUUAGAUUUUUGGUUUUCCAGUAUAUCACGAAAAGUACGGGUAAAAUCAACACAAAGAAGUAACAGCUGUUAUUCUUUUUCUUUUACCUGUGGCAUUAAGCUGCUAUAAUUUAUUUUAUUUUCUUGAUAUUUUUUUAUUUAUGCCUUUUUAUUAUUAGAACUUGCUGUCUUUUUUUCUUUUUUUUGAAAUGUGAAGAUGUUUAUUUUUUAAUGUUGUUUGUGGAUUGUUUCGCAAAUCAUUACAUUGUGUUGGUUUGACUCAGUACUUUUUGUGUUUUGUCAUGUCCUGCAGGGCAUGGUUGAAUAGAGAUUAUAAUGAAAGAUUGUGGAACAUACAGAUUCUUUCUUGUACUGAAAUAUAAGGGUUCAAAAAAAUAAAAGUAUCCUUCUGCA